GCCUUUAACAGAGCUCUACUCUUGUUGCUCCUGUUGCUUUGAACGGGUUUGGAAGAGAAGUAGAAAAGGUUAUUUUAUAGUAUUGUGCGGUGCAGGUAUCAGCUUUGAGGUGGUAGAAGAAACAAAUAUGAAACUAAAUUAAAAUAAUGGAAGAAAAGAGGAACGUCUCAGAGGAUUGGGCUGAAUUAAAAAAGAAAUAUUUAGAAGCACAGCCGGUCAAAGAAAGAGCUAAAUUCUAAUUUGUAAGAUGCCCUGACGAGUACAUUCCGGAGGGUCUGAAUUGUGAUGAAUAUAAAAUGGUUAGUAAAACGUAGUUGUGGAGGUCGGGUACAAUGAUCUUCUCUUGGUCAACUCCGAUGGAUGCCCGAUAUCCCUUUCUGGUGGGGACUUACGCGCUUAUAGAAAUACCAGAAACCAAUAUUCAAAUCUCCACUCGCACACAUCCUGACAAAAUUAGAGAAAGGAAUCAUCUAUGGAACACGGCAUUAAUGGAUUCCUUUACUGUAGAUUUGCGUCAAAAACACAAUUUGAUACUUUGUUGAAGGUUUGGAGAGAGUAAAAAUAGGCUGAAGCAAUCUGGGUAGCUGAGAAAAGGAAACCAUGGUCAACCCACGAUUCAUCACCGUUGGCUGUGUGUAAGGAUUUGGCUCUGGGAUCUUUGUUGCAUUCAUCACAAAUGAGACCAAUUUCUUUUCUUGGAUUUCGCAAGAAUCUGUUUUUGGAUCAUUUGAGGUAGAGAACGGGGCCAAAAAGUUUAUUUGGGAUUUGUAAGAAUGAUGUUUUAAGCCACCAGAGUUGGAAGCUCCAAUAACAAUGAUACAAUUUAGAAUUGGGAGGAAAGGCUGCAAACAACUUGAUGGUGCAACAUAAACAGUUUGUGUUCCAACAGAAGUUUGCUUGUUGCUGAGAGAUCCAGUAGUUCUUCUAUUGCAGUUUAUCAUGUUAUCAAUACUUGAAUUUGCUGGUGGUUUUUAUUGAUUAAGUAAUAGAGGUUGACAUGAUGUACUUUUUCACAAUUUUAUUGCAUUCAAGUCUGUGAAACGUCAGAGGUGGAAAUUCAAUUCAAUCCUAGGCUACAGAGCCACUAAACUCUUCUUUUCUUCUCGUAUAGAGCAGACCAUGUGAGAGUGGAGGCUGGGCAAAUAGGGCAACUUGGAGUAAACAGGACAGCUUGGAGGUUGUGUUUCUCAUAAAAAUACACUUACAGUAGUUUGAUUAUGGAGUUCUGGUAAUCAUGGUUAGGAUUUCACUUGGGUGUCUGAACAUUGGAAGGAAACAAAAGCUAUUUUUCUUUUCACUCUUUACAAUUCUAAUGCUCAAAUGGAAGUGAAAGUGAUAUUAGUGUUAAUGUUAUCAAUAGGAUUAAGUUUAGAGGCUGCAACUAUUUUUUCUAGAGGUACAGAGUAGAAUCUAUGGGAAAAUUGGUUAUGGAUGUAAUAGAACGGCAAGAUAUAAGAAAUAUGUCCAAUGAGAUUCAGCCAAGAGCAAAUGGUCAGUCCCAGUCUCAGUCUGAAUCCCAGACCCAGGCCAUUGUGGUGAGCAAUCAGUCUGAAUCUCGUACAGACAAACAUCACAUGGAUGCAGAGGGCCAGCCGAGGGAAUUUUCUUCAUACUUUCGUAUUUCCAGUGAAGAGAUAUUUUUGAAAUCAGUAAUGGAAGGAUCAAUCUCUAUGUCUGCACCCACAAUGGAAGCUGUGGGUUUUAAGAGUUUGCCUCAUGCUAUGAGAGGGGAUAGUGAAGAACUCUUUAAUAGCUGGCUUUUGAAUGCAGAGAAUCAUGGUUUCAGUUCAACACACACGGCUCCCCGUACUCAACAAGCACAUCGAAGGAUGUCUCGAGAACUAUCUGCUCUAUUGGCACAACAAUCAGGAUCUGCAUUCCAAAAGACAACUAGCCUUGAACAUUUAGUUCCAAUAAAUUCAUAUCUUUCUGAUGACAUGUUCAGUGAUUCCAAUCAAUUCAAGUUCAGGAAUGCAGGUGAAAAAGGGUCUCAAAUGUCUGACGUGUUUCUCUCCAAGACAUGGCUCCAGAGUUCCCAACCGAUGACCAGAAGUCGAUCCUCUGAGCUUCGACGUAGAUAUGCUGCUAUGCAGGGAAUGCCAACUUCAAAUGAUGUGGAAGUAUUGCAAAUACCAGUAGGAGGAAGUACACAUAAUAUAAAGCAUGAAACAGCAUCUUUGGGUUUCCUUUCUCACGCCUUAACUAGUGAGCAGUCAAUUCAGCAAUCAACAUUUUUGUCUCCAUCCCUUACAUCAAUGUCUUCUUUUAGUACGCAGCCAGUAGGUGCUAUGGAUUCAGUGUCUUCUGUUGUCAGCAUGCUGAAGGGGACAUUGGAGCGUAAGAAAUUGGGAGCUAACCAAUUUAAUAAGGGAAUCCCAAUAGAUAAUGCUUUUGGCCCUUAUGUUCACGACGAGAAUAUUUACUGUAUGAGCCAAAAUCAUAAUUCAUUUCUUCAAGUUCCUGAGCCUGAAGAAAGGGUGCAAACAGCCAAGCUUAUCCAAGUGAAAGAGAAUGAGCAAGCACAACAAGGUACUUGUUUAAAUCAAGAUGGGGAAACAGAAACAUUGGAUGUAGCUCCAAAUCAGUUGCAAACAAGUGCAAUGUCACAAGAACCAUCACAAAGUGAAUCCUCUGCUGCUGCUCCUGUGCUUUCUGCUGGUGUGACAACAUGUGAAGAUCCAGUCAACUCAGGGCGAACUGUGUCAAGGUGUGAAAGCUCUAGAAAACGAGGAGCGGAUGGAGAUGUAGAUAACAAUGUAAAAGAAAAAGGCUUUGGCGAAAGUCAGUUCCAAACAUUUCUUAAAGCAGAUUCGAAGAAGGCAAACCCUCUUAGGCGAAUGGGGUCUGUGACAUCUUCAAGAGGUUCAGGUUUUGAAGUAGACAAAGAGGACCCAACCAAAAAACGUAGGGUGGAACGACAGCGCAAAAUGGCAGAGGCCAAGGGCAGAAAUCAAGUGCCCGUGAUGCCAUCAGAUGUUCAGGCUGUCUUGAAACGAUGUGAAACACUUGAAAAGGAAGUCCGUUCUCUCAAGCUCAACCUGUCUUUCAUGAAUAGAAAAGACUCUGAACAAACCAAGCAAAUAGAGGAAUUGCAAAAACAGAAUGAAGAUCUAGUGGAGGAAAAAGAGAGAUUGUUAGAGGAGAUUGAACGAAUCACUUCAGAAGCAGUUGGUAUUUGAGUGGACAGCAUGUAUUACUCACUCAUGUUCUUGUAAUUAGCAUUCCUCAGCAGAGUCAUUUCCAUUUAACUGAGGGCGACUUCAUGGCUAAAAUCAGCGCAUGUAGACAUUUUCUUGUUUCUUCAAUUUUUUGCUUUGACUUUGUAAUAUCUAAGGUCAUAUUCCUUAGUUUUUUCUCAUAGCAGUUGGUUAAAUUGGAUGAUUAAUUCGUUCUCAAAUCAAGGAUACAAAAUCCAAGAACAAAAAAUAUUGGACUGUUGUUUAUUGAAUCUUAUUCUAUAUACAAUAGAGCCUGUUUUCCGAUAUCACAGAAUGUCUCUGCCCGAAACCAAAAUUAGCAUCCUCAAAGGAAAGCAUUUACU